AUGUCUUCCGGAGUGACUGUUUCCGUCGACGCCAAACAGGUGUACGAUGAUGUAAAGAAGAACAAGCAUCACCGAUACAUUAUCUACUCAAUCAAGGAUGAAAAGGUGAUUGAGGUCGAAUUCAAGGGCGACCGAAAUGCGUCUUAUCAGGAUUUCCUUUCGCAGAUGAAGGAUCUUAAGGACCAGUGCAGGUACUGCCUAUUCGAUUUUCCUGCGCAAGCACCCCAGGAAGGUACGAAUGAACCGUCGAUGAUCGCACUCGAUCGCCUUGUGCUGAUGACGUGGUGUCCCGAGGGUGCUAAGGUCAAGCAGAAGAUGUUGUAUGCCUCGUCGUACGAUGCCCUGAAGAAGGCCCUCGUCGGCGUGUACAAAUACGUUCAGGCUUGCGACUUUGAGGAACUCUCGCAGGAGGCCAUCGAGGAAGCAUUGAAGAAAAAGUAA